AUGACAGAAUGUGUUCGAGUCUGCCAUUCAUCCGGCCAGAACCUCCCCGUCGUGGAGUUCCACAACAUCCCCGGCCAAACGGACCAGUUGUUUAGAAGCAUGUGUGAAGGAAUGAACGGUUGGUUGAGACGCCAACAGUCCAGCAGUGGAGGACCCGGACCGAUCCACACCGAUCUGGAUCUUGGCGAGGACAUCUUUACUUUCGGCGGGAAGACGGCAAACAACCCUGAGAAACAGAAACGACGAGAUCAAGUGAAUUGCCCGGGCUAUUGCAAAAGGAUGUUCCCCGGUAGUGUCGGGUUGGAAUGUGAUGAGUAUCCUCCUGCAAUGUUCCUGGAAGGUGGCAGCCUUGCGACGAGAGUAUGCGUGCCAAGAAAACAGAACUCCGGGUUCCAAGGCCCGCUGCUCGGCAACCUUGUCAAAAAAUGUGACCUGAAAAAGGGGGAGAAGGUGCUCGUCCGCCUGAAGGGAGGGUGCAAGCAGUUCUCAUUCACGCCUCGUCGGGACCUACACGAUGAAGACUUCAUUCUAGAUUCUGACGAAGGUACUCAUGAGCUGAGCGGUCCGGUGCAAGCCCGUGACGUUACUGAAGGCCCGAAUUUCGGGGACUCGAGCUCAGAGCUGCUAGACCCCUAUCAGGAUGGGUCGCUGACAUAUGUGGCGGUUCCGUUGGGGGAGCUUGCGGAUGGGCAUUACGAUAUGGAAGCCAAGUUCCUGGGGAAGACCGUUGUGCGCGCUGAGGUGCUGAAUUUGUAUGGGGAUUCGUAUGCAGCGAUUGAUAAUCCGGCAUCAUCGGAGCGCUUGAUCUUUGAUGUUACGGACAACCUCACAAUUUCGGCUUCACUGGUUGCUUACACGAAGGAGAAAGUCGACUUGUCAUUCUCGGGCACCAUAAGUAAGGCCAAUGAAGGCCAGGUCAUACGGUCAGCUAUUUUACCGACGGUGGUGUUCGUCACCUGUGUUGCAUUGUUUUUGGGACUGGUUUAG